AUGCUUUGUUUGAGGAAUAUUUACGCAUUUGCACUGAGACGCUGCCAGUUUCGAACUCUGAGUAGUGACACGUUGCUGAGCCAGUUAAAUAGCUGCACAACUGAAGAUCAGGUCUUUGAUCUUGUUGGAAAGAACAAAGCCAAAUUAUCUGAAAAACACGUUGGAAGUGCAAUUAGUCUACUAUGGAAAUUUCAAAAGGAGAAGUCCCAACUGUUGAGGAAUAUUGACUAUGUAAAAAAUCAUUCCCAGUUUCUUACUCUUCGCAUUUUAGCUGAAAACAAGAUAGAAUUUAUGGAUAAUGAUCUCUUGGUGGAUACGCUGUACAAUGUAUUGAGGUUUAGUCUGCCAACUCUAUCUAAGUUUGCAAUGUGUCUGAAUGAACAACAGAUAUACGCUAGCCCUCUAACUGGCAAAAUAGCUGAUAUUGUGAACGUGAACUUGGAUUCUAUACAGGACACAAGGGUCCUGGCGGUUUUGAUGAUCAAUAUAUCUGGUGUUAUCUCACAGAGUUUUCGAGAACGAUUAAUACAAAAGGCUGAACUUCUGUUGGAAACAGUGAAUUUCAUCCAUUUCAACCACGCCAGAAGGAUGGUGCAGUUUCUUCGAAAUGUCAGACGAACUUACCGUCCAUUGCUGGAAAAAUGCAAUAAGGUUUUCCUUGAGAAUCCCAGUCAGCUUGAUCUAGAGAACAUCAGUCUUAUCCUUGGACUAUACCAGUCAUUACAGUUUAACAACACUGAAUUCCGAUUAGUCAUUAAACAGAAGCUAACUGAAACUAUUGAUGAUUGUAACAAUCCUAUGAGUUUCACAAAAUUAUUUGCUGCUCUAGGGCCUAUGGCAGGACCAGAAGUACGAGAACGGUUAAUAGCAACUGCGCUACUAAUGGUGGAAGAAUUUAACUGUCACCAAGCAUUAGUAGUAGUGGAAACGAUGGAAGAAAUGGAAUGUAGAAAUUCACAUCUGAUUCAAAAAAUUGCUUCUCUUCUACAUAAGUACUUGGAUAAGUACAAGCCAGUAGAGUUGGCAAAAAUAACACAAGCCUUGGUGCUCCUGCAUUGCCAAAAUGCAGAGCUUUACACCAAAUUAAGAAGAUUGGUAGUUGGCUAUUUACAAGUUAAUGUUAUACCCAGUGACAUUUCUAUGCUAACUCGUGUUCUGUCCAUGCUUCCUUCUUCUCAAGUGGAUGAAGUAGUGAUUAACAGAGUUGAUGCAAUUUUGCCUCAGUGCAACUUAAGUGAUUUGAAUGCCUUUGCUACAGCUCUUGUCAGAUGGGUUCGUCAUGAUCAGUCACAUCAGCAAAGCACUUCUGGACCAGGUGCGAAGCUUCUGCAAAAAUUAAGUAACUGCGGGCAUCAGAGGCUUCAAAAAGCCAGUGACAUGGAUCUGUUGCUGGAAGAACUUAGAUAUAUAUCUGGAGAAUGGUUUGAAGAAAUACUUGUUGAAGAAACAAUGAAUACUUGUCAGCGCUUGAUAGACCAGAUUACAUGGAUGAAUGUACUAGAAUUUUCAUCUUUUUUCAUCAAAACAAACUACCGCUCUACUCCAUUACUUGAUAGAAUAGCUUCUGUGGCAGUUCAACAUAUAAGCAAGAUCCAUCCUUCUGGAACAUAUACUAUUCUCCUCCCCUUCACUAUUAUGAAUUAUGAUCCUCCUCAAAGUGAAGAGUUCUUUGAGACUUGCAUCCAACAUUUUAGCUCUCACUUAGGUUGUUUUGAGCCUCACCUCUUGGUGCUGCUUGGUUACUCCUUGGCUGUUGCUGAAUAUUUUCCUCCAGCCCUGAUAAACGCAAUAUUUAAUGUUGAUUUCCUAGCCAAACUGGAUGCCCAGCUUGAAAGCAAUGGCAGCACAAAUACAGCACAACAGCAGAUUCAUAGAAUGCUGGGGGAGAUCUUGGGAGGAAGCCAGUAUGCAAAAGUAUCUGUUCUCACGCCUUACUACUAUGGAAUAGAUUUUGAAUGCAUUCUGGAUAAAAACAAAAAGCCUCUUCCCUAUAUGGAUCAGAGUAUAGUUUUGGCUGACUUAGUGCAGUGGGGACCAGACAUCCAGCUCCUGGGGAAGAAGGGGCUACCACCGGGAGCACAGAGAAUUGCCGUGGAGUUUCUGGAUUCUAAAGCUUUUUGCAAAAAUUCAUAUCACCUCAAAGGAGACACUGCAAUGAAAAAGAGACACCUGGAAAUUUUGGGGUACCAGGUGGUUCAGAUUCCUCACUUUGAAUGGAAUUCCAUGGAGCUGUCAUCAAAAGAUGCAUGGAUGGAGUAUCUGAAAAAGAAUAUAUUUGAAACAAAUUAA